CUACUUUUGUAGUGGUUUUAUAAGUUGUUAACUAUUAUUAUAUUUUUUUACCAACAAGCUCUUUAAUUGUUCUUGUUCAUUAGGAUUUGUGAUCGUAAUAUAACUUAUUCUGUGUUUAGGUUAUGAAACGAAACAAUAAGAUUUUCAAGGUUAGUUUUGUAUGAAAUCUAAAAUCUUAUCACAUGAACUAUCUCAAAUGUUAUGAAGAUUUUUGGCUCCGCAAUCAAUUUGAUCUUUAGGCCGUUAACAUCAAGAAGUGUCUGGCCAUCCCUAGGGACGAAUAUUACAUGUACUAGAAUACGAAAUACCCUAAAACAUAAAGUACAAUUACACUCUACAAUGGUUAAACAUUUGAAUCAGGAAGAAGCUACAAAUAUUGAUUUGGAAUUGUUCAAUGAUUACAAGUUUAGUGUAGACCAACUGAUGGAAUUAGCUGGAUUAAGCUGUGCAACUGCAGUUUAUCAGUGUUACAAAGCCAAGCCUCGGAAGAACGUUUUGGUUUUAUGUGGUCCUGGAAAUAAUGGAGGGGAUGGUCUUGUUUGUGCAAGGCAUUUAAAAUUGUUUGGGUUUGACCCUGAAAUUUACUAUCCCAAACGCACAGAUAAGGAACUGUACCGCAACUUGACCCAUCAGUGUAUACAAAUGGGAAUUAUAUUCGUUAACGUGCUUCCAAGUUUGGAGAAAAUCAAUAUGAAGUUUGACAUCAUAGUAGAUGCUUUAUUUGGGUUCAGUUUUCGUCCUCCAGUUCGUUCUGAGUUUGUCGAAGUUCUGGAUUCACUUAGGAAAACUUCCGUACCUAUUUGUAGCAUUGAUAUUCCAAGUGGAUGGAACGUUGAGUCAGGUCCACCUUCUGAUGGGAUCCAACCCGAAAUGUUAAUAUCACUCACUGCACCCAAAAAAUGUGCUGAAAGGUUCGAAGGCAAAUACCAUUAUCUUGGAGGGCGGUUUGUGCCCCCCAAACUUGCUGAAAGAUAUCAGUUGCAAUUGCCUCCUUAUAAUGGAACGGACUGUGUUGUUGCUUUGAAACAAUAGACAUGUUUUACCUACCAAGGGAGUUUGCAUCUACAAUGCUUCAGGGGUUACAGGGCGCAGCUUGCUAAGAAGUUUCCAAUGCUUGGGGGAGGUGAUGACAUGGUAUCCGACACUGUGUCGGUGGCCACAGAGAAGACUCAAGCUUCCGACAGCGCUCCAAAUGCUUAAACUAAUGAAGACACU